UCUGAUCCUUUCAUUCUCCACUGUGUUAGCUCCGGGGUGUGUUCUCGGGGAUGCCCGGGUAUGAAGGGCCUGUUUGGGGGUUGAUUUGACGCAGACAGAAGCGUUAGAGCCUGAAAGCGUCUCUUCUUCUUCUUCUUCGCUCUCUGCAAACGCAACGGCUGUUAGCUAGCAUGCUAAGCUAACCCGUGCUAACUCGGCCCUGGCCCUGGCCUGGCUCGGAACACUAACGCGGGCCUAGCUGCUUUUUACUUCGACAUUUUGAAGUCGGAACAUGCUCCGAUCUUCCCCGACAUGCACGACCUCAGCUUCGAUUCGUUAAUUAAAUGAUCAAAUGAUAUUAGCUUAGCCGAGCUCGCCCUCUGAUUCAUUUUCAUUACAACAAGCUAGCUGGCUAAGCUAACUAGCCAGCUGACGCUCAGAUGCUAACCCCAGAGCUAGCUGAGAUGCUGAGUCCAAUGCAUCAAACAGUCAGACAGGCAGAUUCAGAUGUUGACACGGUCCCUCUUUAACUCAGAGGCCCACGGAUGGUCGAGUUGAACCUGCAUGUCCCCCCUGGAGUCAAAUCAACAACACUGAUCUCCACAUUACUCCCAGGAAAACCUUCAUAAAGCAGCACUUGGCACAGCUGAUGGACAAGUCUGGCUAAUGUUCACCAGGCUAAUUUGCUAUUAUCUAACAUCCAAGCACCCUGGAUGCUUUGGUACUGUAUACAACUCGCUGUCAUGAUGUCUGCAUGGAGGAAAGGGUCUUGUCAUGCAGGUAGCAAGAUCUGAGGCAGCAAGCAGAGUGCAACGGAUGAUGGGCACGCAUGGGACAAUGGUCCACUUCCCUACGCUGUGCUGUACUCCGACUGAGGCAGAACUAAACUCUUUGCCUGGAUGACCCGUCUUUUCAUACCGUCACAGCUCCAUGACGGAAACAUGGGAAUACCACUACCCAUCCUCGUGUGGGUACCAAUAUGUUGAACACACUCUACUUCUCUGACUGACGGACUGUUUCUGAGACAUCCAAGAGGACAAAUGGUACAAAAUUAAAAUCAAAAGCCGUUCCUGAUCCUCACUUUACCAGACAAGAUGCAGUAAUGGAAGUCCACACCCCAUUCAGCCCUGUAACCAUGAAGCAGCUCAAAGGGUAGGGUCUGUCGUGAGCUCGCCUCACCCUACCCAAAAGACCCACCUCCCCAUCAGCUCCACCUGAGAGCAGAGUCCCGCAUUGAAGCGUAAUCCUGCAGCUCUACCUGUCUCUACAACCCUCCCACCACCUCCUCCUCCACCACCACCACGGCUUUGGAAGACGAUCAUGACGUGCAUUUUGAAGACACUGGUUGAUGUCUGAUAUAUAUCCCUCUGAGGUGUCGAGCGUAAAACCAGCGGAGCAAUGAAUGGCGGAAAGGACUGUGACGCGGGAGACGAGAGGCAGGCCGUCCCUGUCCAGGUCCCCAUCGGCUGGCAGCGCAAGGCGGAGCACAGCGGAGGGGUCGUGUACGUAAGUCCCAGUGGCUCGUUGCUAUCCAGCUUUGAGCAGGUGAAGACCUACCUGCUGACAGAUGGAACCUGCAAAUGCGGCCUGGAGUGCCCACUCAUCCUCCACAAGGUGUUCAACUUCGACCCUGGGGCGGCUGUCAAGCAGAGGACAGCGGAGGAUGUGAAAGCAGAUGAGGACGUCACCAAACUCUGCAUUCACAAGAGGAAGCUUCUGGCUGUGGCCACGCUGCACAGGAGCAUGGAGACGCACCCACCUCUGACGCUGACCAGCCCAGGGGGAGGUACAUCUUCUGUGGUCUCUGCGCAUUCCACGACUCAACGAGCAAUAAGGACUAAACCCCACGAUGGCCUCCCCAAUGCUGUUGGCCCAGACUGCAAGAAUCCCUUCAAGAUGAUGAUGGCAGCUGGACAGCAGCAGCAUCAGAGGCUGUAUCCACCCCAGGAGAUGGUGGGAGCCCAGCAGCCUGAGCUCUACCCUGGGUACUCCAGGCAGCAGAGGAUGAUCAGUGGAGAGCCAGGACCCAAGUCCCCUUACCGGGUUGGGUAUGGAGUCAUGUUGAGUCCACCUCCCUCCAAUGCUAAGCUGUAUGGAGACGGCUCACUGUCUCCCAGUGCGGACACUCUAGGCAGCCCUGAGGGCUUUCACAGGACCAAUCCUUGUGGGUUUCCAGGAGCUGGAAGUCCAGGUUCAGUCUCCAUCCAUGGAAACACUAGGACGCCUCUUUCCCCACCCAGUAUAAUGCUUCAUGGCUCCCCUGCGGGCCAGCUAUCCUGUGCCAUGACAGGGAGGACUAGCACGCCCCUCUCUCCGACGGCCACUGCCAAAAGCCCUGUCAUGAAUAUGAACAUGCCCCGGGGGAACUUUCCCCCUGGUAUGGAUAUCCCCCGUGCAGCGUUCCACCAUAAAACACAGCCCCCUGUGCAUCCCGUACCGCCUCCUCCAUCCAUACCACCAUCCUGUGCCCUUCAGAAACGGCAGUUGACCUCUGAAAAAGACCCCUUAGGCAUCCUGGACCCCAUCCCCAGCAAACUAGUCAGCCAGCCCCCCAACAAUGCCCAAAACCCCUCCAACUUCCAGCCUAACAUCCACUCUCAGGUACAAAUGAUGAAUGUAAACAUCCCCCCUCCCGUCAUUGUUCCCCUGCCAAGCAACUUACCUUUACCCACAGCGAAGCCUGGGCCUGUGGGACAUGGCGGCCACAUUCAAAGGACUCAACAGGGGGGUCCAUCAUCCUCCAUGUCCCCCUCCCCUGUCACUUCCCCUGUCCACAUGGCUGGGCCUGGUCAUGGGAGAAUGGAGGCCUCUCCUCAUCGCUCACGCUCAUCCUCCACCUCCUCUGACCACGGGAAUUUUGCAAUGCCCUCGGGGCACCAGGCCCCAUGUGGUACUAUGAAGGUCCCUCCACGUUCCCCCAGGUCAGCAAUGGGGUCUCCUAGGCCAGCCAUGCCUUCCAGCCCUUCCACCAACAAAUCUGACCCACACCACCAGUACAAAGACUCACAGUUGCUGCCAGGGAUGGGAAACUCGAUUGGUGCCCAGCAGCACAGCAACCCCAUGUACUCACCCACCUCUUCCUCAUCAUCAUCCUCUUCUCUGGCCACCCCCAGCGCUUCCCAGAAGGGCCACCCAGGACUCCUGGGGAUGCCCCUCAACCAGAUCCUAAACCAACAAAAUGCUGCUUCCUUCCCCGCCAGCAGUCUCUUGUCAGCCGCAGCCAAAGCACAGCUAGCAAAUCAAAACAAACUCAGCGCUGCUGGCAACAGCACUGCUGGCAUGGCUGGUGGUGGUGUUGGUAUGGCAGGCAUGGGGGCAGGUGGGGGUGGUAAUGGAGGAGGUGGUGGGCACCCUGGCUCUAUGAGCGGUCCUCGAGGCAUGGAGGGACACAGCACUUUAAACUCAAUGCUCCCGCCAAACUCCACCAUGCUGCUCAACAGUCCGGAGGGCCAGAGUGGUCGGGCGGCUCUCAGAGACAAGCUCAUGGCCCAGCAGAGGGACCCCAUGCGUAAACGGAGGCAGUCGUCGGGCAGUGCUGCUGUGAACCACGAUAACAGUAACAACAUGGUCUACAGCAUGCUUAACAAGCGGGGCAUGGCAGGACCUCACAUGCAGGGGCCCAGCGCCACUGAGCAGCUGCGAAAAGUGGGCCGACUUGGAACCCUUCCUCCAAACACCUCCAUGGCCCAGCUUCUCCAGUCCAUGAGCUGCCAGAGCUCUCACAACCUGGCUGGUAACAGCCAUCGUCCAGGUCUGAGUCCCGGCCCUGGGUCUGGUCCUCAAGGAGGGGCACAGCUGCACUACAACGACAGCACAGGUAUGGUCCCCGGUGGCCCUCAGCAGAACCUCUUAGCUCAGCAGAGGCUGCGGGGCCCCGGAGAUCCCAUGCAGCACUGCCAGAGCAUGGACUCCUCUGGGGGCCAUCUGGGUCCUCGUCAAGGUCCGUUUCCUGACAUGAUGGCCCAGAUGCAGGCCUCCUCUAUGAGUAACUGUGGGCCUAUGGGGCCAGGAGGUGGACCGGUGGGCCCUGAUGGUAUGUCGCUGGGACGCCAAAACGCUAAUCCUCCACCACUGUCCCAUCCAGGCCCUCACCCCUCACAGCAGAACCUCCUUCAAGGUAUCGGGCGUGCUAACAUGGUAGUGAUGCCACACGGAGGAGCUGAUGGGAGCUGUAAUCAGAACAUCUCUGAUGCAGGAAACCCGUCGUCCCUUGGCUGCGGUAUGGGCACCAUGCAGCCUCACGUUAACAGCGGAGGAGGUCAGCUGUACCAGCAGCAGGUCCACCAGGCCAUGCAGCAGGGAGUCAGCUCACACCCAGCCUAUCAGAGGCAGCAGCACUUCUCUGACAACCCCCCUUACACAGACAGCAACAGCGCCAACGCGGGCUCCAUGGCCUGUCUCUACCAGAACUACCAGCAGGGAAUGUUGCCUCACCCACAGUUCCAGGAGGGGCAACAGCCACAAGGGGAGGGGCUCCCAGCAGGUACACCUGGCUCUGACAGGGGCCCUGGUGGAGGCCCAGAGUCGGUGGAUGCAAUCUACCGAGCAGUGGUGGACGCCGCCAGCAAAGGCAUGCACGUCACCAUAACAACCACGGUAAGCGGGACCACACAGGCGAGUCCGGUGCCUGCCCUAAGUGCCAUGAGUGCCUUCACCGCUUCGAUUGGGGAGCCAGUCAACCUCCCCAAAGCAGUCAGCACAGUCCUGCACAGUCACCAGGAGGGGGAGGCGUUAUCUCAGCAGGUCAGACAGAGGCAGGUGAGACAGGGUCCGAAGAACAUGGAUCCAGGAAAAAGCACUCCAGACCGCCAUGAGGCCAGCGAGUACUUCCGCUCUCCUGGCAGAGGGACUCCCAGGGUGCAGUGGGACGGGGAAGGACAGCACGGGGGAGGCUUCGACCCUCAGAGCAACAACAGCACAUGGGCCGGUGAGGAGUUUCUAGAGUGUUCUACACAGGUGAGGAGUAGUCCAUGCAUGGAGCGACCCGCCAGCCUGGCCCCUGCCCCACCCUGCCCCACUGAAGGGUCCAACGACCACAGCCUGGUGUUAGUCCACGAUAAAGCUUUCCUGGAUGACAGCUAUCGCUUUAACAACUGCAGCCGGACUCCUGCGAACUACAAGGAACGCCUGGAGCAGACGGUGGAGCGCUGUGCCCACAUCAAUGGUGCCAUCCCCCCCUUUAACACCCGGGGUUAUGGGGAGGUCCUGGGCCCACCUCGGCAGGAGCUGACGGGGGACGACCAGUCCCCCAGCUCUUCCACCAGCCUGGAGGGACCCCUGGCCACGGCCAAAGACUACAGCCACUACAACGGCCACUUUAACGGCAUGGCGCCCAGCCCCUCAGAUACAAAAAGUCUGAGCAGCGAGGAGGAUCUGCGUCAGCCCGACUCCCCCUCCUCAGAGCUGCUUCACUACCGCUCCAGGACCUUCAACAUGGGAGAGCUGGUCUGGGGCCAGCUGAAGGGCUUCCCACCCUGGCCUGCCAAGCUGGCUGGGGAUGAACAAGUGCACAGUGCUGCUAUGCAGCUGCGGGAGCAGGCCAAGGUAGAGCCGGAGAAGCUGAAAACACUAACUCACGACUUAGAGGCACUUGACCGAGUCGCCAAAAGAGGCCUGAAACAGGGGAAACUGAAUAAUCACUUGGAAGCUGCUAUCCAUGAGGCCAUGAGUGAGCUGGAUAAGAUGUCGGGCACAAUCCCAUCGAGGGAUCGUCAGGUGAAGCUCCCCAAGCCUAAGAGGAGGAAGAUAUCCAGAUAACAUUGAAUGUGUCGUCCUCAAAGCCUUCGGAGACUUCGUCCGAUCAGCCUUUGAUGCGAUCUGAGCUCUCUUACAGGUGCUACACAUGGACUUUCAGUGGUACAUCUUUGUUCCAUGAUAUCAACUUGACUUAAUGACUGACCACAGAAGGUGCUGGAAAAUCCAAUCACCAAUACAGUUUAAACUGUAGAAAAAAAAGAAAAAGUAGAGAAAACGUCAAAAACAGUUGCAAUUUGUCUACAGCUCACUGAAUUAACUAUUUUUUUCUAGUAUAAGAUAGUAAAACAAACAAAAAAAGCUACAAGCAUUACCUUACAUAUUUAAGAAAAUAGACAGUCCAAAUAUUUCUGAUACAUUUUCAAUAUGUAUAUAGAUAAUCCUGAAAUUUCAUGCUAUUAAGAAUUGUAUGUAAAUAUUGUACAAUGUCAUGUACAAGCAUACCUAAUGCACAUUUUAUCUUUUAUUGUACAAAAACAAAGCAGAAGUGUACCAAUGUCUUGGUUUCUAUUCAGAAAUGUGGCUGUAUAUGGCCGCAUGCAUAGGAUAAAUAAGAAUACAGCCUAAAGCUUUUAUAUGAUGAUGAUGAUGAUGAUGAACUGUAAGACUUGCUGUUUGUUUUAUUUGAUUUCUUUCUUUUGUUUUCUUUUGUAAGGGAACAGCAGUGAAACAGGCAUGAGUCUAUGAGUUCUCCAUUACGAAGGUCACUUCACGCUAGUUCAAGUGUUCGUUUGUUUUGGAUAAAAAAAGAAACACAGAAUGAACUUUACCUGCAGAAAGUGUUCAAUGUUCCUCUAAAGCAGGGUGGGAGGAUGUUCAAAUGUCGGUCAGUUUUCAUCUGCUCCACCACCGGUCGCUCGUACAGAGAAAUCAUGAUGAUAUGGAGAUCAGGAGGUCUGGUAAGCAGGUCAUCAUGUUUGGGUUUACACAUCAUGUUACAGGAAGGUGAAAGAGUUGAUUACAAAUCCACCCUGAGGCACUUAGAGCGUGUGGGGAUCAUUGCAUCGUAGGAGCUUUGCAAACAUAGAUAUGGGCUCACUAAAUCUCACUAAGAUUUAAUAUAGCUGAAGAUGAUGUAACUUAAAGCUGACCUUGACUGCAGCAUCCCCUCAGAGUGUCUCUGGGUGGAUUUUACCUCUGAUUAUUGUCCUGAUGUCCUCAUGCUCGUCUGUACAGUGAUCUCCUCCAUGACUGUAGUCCCUCUGGUUUUCUUCACGUCUAGAGCUUUAUGUAGAGUAACCAACGUGUCAGAGUGUAGUUAUCAUGACAAACACUAACUCAAGAGCAGCAGAAGUAUUUCUCUUAUUUAGGGGCCUUGUGUUUUUUAUUUUUUUGUCUUUUGUUUUGCUUAUUGAUGUAAAUUAUUUAUGUACAGUACUCCAUAUUUAUUUUAAGCUUUACAAAUAUGCUAGAUGGCAAUAAUACUACCAAGAGUUGAGAACUCAAGCCUUAUAUGUGUAUAUGUAUGUUUUCUUUUGUCUCUUUUUUUAACAGUGAAUAAUAAUAGAUCAUGUAUUCAGAGUCCGUUACAAAGGUCGUGUUCCAGUUUAUUUAAAGUGAGCAUCACAGGUUACACUUUCUUACAGUGAGGCUCCUGGUUAACCUGUUACACAUUGUGUCAUGGAUUACUUCAUGGAACAUGUCUGCCUACGAGACUGUACUAUUUAUAGAAAUGCACAUCAGAAAAGGGCAGACAGCAUUUAUGUCGGUAACAAAUGCAGUUUUAACACUACUAGCCACAAAAUAGAGAAACACUUGAUCAGUCUUGACAUCAGCAGUGUUUAGAUACACCACACAGCUGCGUCUUCAGAUCAGAAAACACCUGAAAUCACUACAGAAUUAUCAAGUGCAAUAUUCAACAACGGCAAAGAUCACACUGCAUCUCUUGAUUGUUUUUUGUACCUUAUGUCCGGUUUUUAGCGUCUCCUCUGACCUGAAACUGCUCAGAAAUAUCUCAAACUUUCCAUUAAAGUUAGAGUCAGAAACUGAACUCUUAUUUCAAACUCAAAUUUAAUGCUUCACACAAAACCUCUAAAAUAACGCUCCACUAAAAUGAUGAUUAAUAUGCAUUAAUGUGCACAGAUGAUUACCUUUGAACCAAAUACUACACUACUUCUAAAGAGGUUCUUUACAUAGGUCACACUACAUUUAAAGCAUAUCCCGGCCUCAAGGUCAAACUGUCUGACAUACAGUUUCAUAACUUGUACAAUUUCAUAUUUAUGUUGUACUUUAUUUUCUAAAAACAGUUCUGUUGUGUGCUCACUGAAAAAUGCAGGAUAUUUUGAAAACGCCUUGAAUUUAUUGCAAAAAAAAAAGUGUCAGUAUUUAAAAUGAAAAGCAGCCUUUGAAGACAUUUGUGCAUCUUAACGUCCAACCUGUUUAAAGAUGAACUAACCUCAAAAAACAAGGCAAUAGCUGUGUUCAAAUGUCCGUUUCAAUACUUGUGAAAGCUCAAAACCUGUUGAAAAUAGCCCCAAAAAGUCCUAAUGUUGCUACUUUUCAACACACCUUGAGCUUUAUCUUAAAUGUGUGGCGAGGGAAUCCUUCAUUUGUUUUCAAAAUGUGCCGUUCAAUGUUGAGAACACAUGAGCUCUUUCGGUAAAGUUCAUUCUGCCUCCCCCUUUCCCCGUUUUUUGUGCAAUUACAUGCAGGACCCCGGUCUCAUGUUGGGAUCCCAUGUGUUAUGGAUCUGUUCUAUCAGUUUCAUGUUAUUUGUGGUCAAGAGUUCAAAGCAUUUUUGUGUUUGAGAUGGUCUGUGCAGUCUAUUUUUCCCUCCUCUUGUCUUUUAUUGUGUGUGUGUUGAGGUGUGAGUGUGAUUUUUAUUUCCCCUCUAGUGAACUUUUUUUUUUUCUGCUCUCACUUUCCUCUUCCACCCUUUCAUUGUCAGUAUUUUAUUUUUACAACUUGUAAUUAAGUAUAUAUUUUCUCACUAAUAUAUACUUUACAAAAAAUAGACUUGCGUGAAGUAUGAUGUGCACUUGAUUGCUCUUGUUUAUUUUUCUUUUUUGCAUUAAUGUGGGCUAGGGAUAGUUUGUCAGAGUCCAUUAUUUUGAGAUUGUUUGGACUUUUUUUAAUGGUUUGAUGUAAGCAGCAUUUUUUGUAAAUAUUGUGAAACAUUACAGGUCAUGCAGUGAUGUAACAUUUUGAACAAUGUUGCACAGAUGUUUAAGAUAUUAAAAACAUGGUCACUCUUACUUGAAUAAC